AUGGACCCCAAGAAUGAUGCUCCUGCCCAUGGAGCCGUAGUCGAUAUCGGUGGUAGCAACAUGUAUGAUGGUGUUGGCAAGCGAUUGCAAGAGGCCCUCACGGCCCCGUACUCUCCAACCUCCAAGCCCACGCUGCCUGACGAAUUACUGUACGACGAUGUCGGAUUGCCGAUCUGGAAUCAGAUCAUCUUCACCCCUGAGUUUUAUCAGACUCAUGACGAGAUUGCCUUGUUUGAUAAGCAUGGCGCCGACGUUGCUGCGCGAUGCCCAGCUGGUGUCACAAUUAUCGAUCUAGGAGCUGGGUUAGUUCAUCCUCUAUUGCCCCGCACUCUGCCCACCCUCAAUGAGUGGUGGCUUGACACUCGCAAGGUUGGCCACCUUCUCGCUGCCUUUGAAAAGGGCAAAGUUCCCGCCAAGUACCUCGCAUUGGACAUCUCCAGAUCGUCGCUGAACCACAAUGUCAAAUACCUCGUGGAGCAGCGCCCGAGCCCUGAAUCUUCAGUGACCUGUGCUGGUAUCUGGGGUACCUUUGGCGAUGGCAUGAGCUAUAUCCAAAAGAUCUCGACACCCCGUCUCUUCCUCUCGCUAGGUUCGGUUCUCUGCAACGAUCCUUGGCCUGAAGCACUCGCUCACCUGAAGUUCUGGGCCGAUGCCCUGCGACCUGACGACUUGCUUCUGAUUGGAAUGGACGGUCACACCCUUCCCGGUAACAAGGAGAAGAUCUGGAACGCCUACCACUCUUGCGACGACCUCUACCACAAGUUCUUCUUGAAUGGCUUCAAGCAUGCCAAUCGCCUGGCAGGUGAGGAAUGGUUUCGGGAGGAGGACUGGGAACUCCUCGCGCAAUUGGAGGACGAGCCCACUACUCGUCAUCGGUUCUUUUUCCGGGCCAAGAAUGAUGUGAAGCUUAAGAAGAUGAGCCGCACCAUCCAGAAAGGCGAGGAGUUCGACUGGUUCGAUUCUCACAAGUACGGCGAAGAUAACGUCCGCCUCAUGUGCUAUAAGGCGGGGCUGAGCGUAAUCGAUGUCUGGCAGGCCCCAGGAUCGGAGUUCCGACAAUAUCUCGUUCGCCGUAAAGACAGCAAGGACCAGCGAGACGACGCCGACAGUGCCGUUUCGGGAGUCAGUUAUUAA